AUGAAGUUCCUCGACUUCCCUCAGGAACUUCGUCAAGAGAUCCUGACUCUGGCCGUCUUGUCGCCGGUUACACCGCCAGCGAAUGCUUCGGAGGGCCAGCGUGAGCGCGUACACAACUAUCGUGGAAUAUGGCAGCUCCCAAAGCAAACCAGCACCGCGUUGCCCCUGCUUCUCGUCAAUAAGCAGAUCAAUCUCGAAGUGAAACGCAUUCUCAAACAUGCGCCGGCCAUCUACUAUGUCGACAUCAUGUAUUUCAAGGAUCGCGGACUUUGGACUACUUGGUCUAUCCCCCAACUUCCCCGUACCCAGUACAUUGACUGCGUCUACGCCACCUUUCGGCCCUUCGAACCUGAGGCUGAGCUCGAGCCUCGCUACAAGAACUCUCUGGAUUUUAGUGCUGGAGACGGCGGGCCGCCACUCGGGGUCUGGUCAUUCUUCGACUUGUUGGUAGAGCUUUUCAGCGCUGGGCCGGGCUACGUAGGCUCCUCUCGAGAAGAAUCGGUCGGCCACUACGUCUACAAGAAGAUCGUCGUCGACUGUCAGGCCCCAACAGAUGGUGUGGAGCACAAGAGUCUCAUCAUCAAUAACAGAGACUACCAGAAAGUGCACAGCAGGCUUGGGUACUUCGCUAACCACGACAACAGCGCCUUCGCACUGGAGGAGCGGCUGGUCAAGUUCAUGUGCAACUUCCUCAGUAUCCUCCUGGGGCUGAAUUACCACACCAUGAACCACGGGGCUCAACUUCUCGAGAACAUACAGGAGAGUAUUGAGUUCCUUGUGAACGGGAAGCCAUUUCGAGUAUUUGACAUUGACGCACGGGCGACUCACCUGGAUGUCGGAUAUUUUGGAGUUACGCCAGAAUUGAUCACGGAGCGGGAGCAAAGAUAUAAAUUGUGGAAGGCAUGGCUUGAUGAUAGGAGGAAACGUAUGAAAGACGGCCUUGAGCUUGAGGAUAAUCGACCAGUGAGCGACAUCAUGUGA